CACACAGGGAUCCUCACCCAACCAGUAGGAUCAAUCCCAUCUCCACACGACUCGGGAGCUGGAAACGGACACUAUACCCAGCCGGGCUGCUCAUGCCCUGGUAGCUCUGCCGAUGCAGUCCCACAGCACCCGGCAGAUCUCUUGCAAGCGCUGUCAAAAGCGCAAGAUCAAAUGCUCGCGCACAUUCCCUUGCGUAAAUUGCACCACGACAGGUGUCCCCUGCGAGUUCCGUAAUGAUGGCGCUCGCAAGUUUCCAAUAUCACGCGACUACGUCGAGUCGCUGGAGACCCAGGUCGCAAAUUUCGAGCACUUCCUUGCCCAGCUCAAAGCUACACCUGCCGGGAGGCAGAGGGACGCGAUGAUUGACGACCUGCAGCUCACAGAUCAUCAUGACCAGUCAUCCCAGCACGCAUCAUCUGCAAACGACAGUCAACCCGGACGUGAAGUGGAGGUUGGCCAUGGGCAUCUUGUUGACCGGACUAUGAGUGAAAGGACCUCGCCUGCAUCCUGGAACGACCAAGCCGUCCUGCUUCCUGGCGGUAUGGAUGCAAACCUCGUCUAUCACGGGCCUACGAGUAUCUAUAGUGGCGUUCUGGGGACUUCAGAAACGGAGACGCGGCACAGCCAGGGCGAAAAUGCCUCCGAGCUCAUUGCACUAUUCUUUCGCUGGCAAUACCCACAGUUCAUGUUUAUCGACCGAGAAGCCUUUAUCCUCGACUUCCGCACUGGAACAUUUGGCGGCCAGUUUUGCUCCUCCGCACUCGUCCACGCCAUUAGCUCCAUUGGUGCCCUUAUGACGCCACCAUCACCAGGAUCCGCCGCGGCCUCCUCGGCGACUGUCUGUGGGGAAGAGUCUCGGAACCACGCCGAGGCGGCGACGCGAAUCCUGUUGGGCCCGGGACUAUCCACGCCACAUACGACAUCCGUGCAAGCUUUGCUCUGCUGUGGCUUCUACGAGAUCGGGCAGGGCAACUUUUCACAAGGCUGGCUAUACUCAGGUAUGGCAUUUCGCAUGGGACAGGAUCUUGGCUUCCAGCGCGAUCCCGGCGUAUGGGAGCGUUUCCGUUCGCCCGAAAAUGAUCCUUUGGCGCUCCAGAAGGAGUUUCAUCGGCGUAUCUACUGGGGCUGCUACAUAUCCGACAAGUUCUUCAGCCUCUUUCUCGGCAGACCAUGCUUCAUGCACGAACUCGACAGCGAUGUAGAGCCAAGCCGCCCAAAGCCUCAAGAGCCGAUCUUUCGGGACUGGCUACUCGAGCGUGGGCUUGGCCACCUGCAUGAACAGACUCCUGUCGUCCCAAAGUAUACACUUGUCUUCAACAAGCAGAUUGAGAUAGGCACCAUAAUUCGCGAGGGCUUGACGAUGCUGUAUUCGCCCAAACGUUGGUCAACCACCGGUGAUCAGCCAGCAAACCUGUCCUUGAGCACCAUCAACGCCAAGCUACUACGUUUUAAAGAGCACCUUCCAGCGGAGAUGCGUCUCAAAGAAUGGACCUCACUGUCAGAGCUAGUCCCGCCUCACCUCGCUGUAAUGCACGUCCUAUAUCAUUCCACGUUGAUAGCGUUCAACAGACCAUUCCUUCAUAUAGGCCAGCCCAGGCCAACGGAGGAGCCAUCCUCCAUAAGUCGAUCUUCCGGCAGCUCCGAGCCCGCUCAUAUGUGUAUCGAGUCCGCAGAGCGCAUCUUACAUAUCCUGAAGCGUUUCAAGGCGCAGCACGAGCUACGGAAUGCACCGCUCACACUCGUCCAUGGCGCCAUCAGUGCUGUCAGCGCGCUGCUGGCUGUUUAUUCCCUUAGAGGGGGCCCCGGUAUGCAGCAGCUAGGAGAUCAGAGCACCGCGGCAAACCUGGAAACGGCGACUCAGUCAGGAGCCGUUCACGACAACACGACGACCCUUGUCAACGCUUUCUCUAUGCUUCUUGGGGAUCUCCAGAGCACAUGGCCAAUUGCGGGAAAAGCACUACAGCGGCUGAACAAGGUGGUUCGGACAAAUGGAAAGGAAAUGUCGACCCCGUCGAACCCAAUCUCAACCUUCCACCAGGAAGAUGCAAUCGGCCUGGACAAUUUCCACGACUUUAUUUGGGGAUCCAGUCUAAUCAGCGGUGAAAAUCUGGGAAACAAUGACAUCUCUAUCUGACAUAACACGAGUAUACUUGUAAAGUAAUACUAUGCACUCUCGUAUACGCUCUAGGGUAUUCCAGGUCAAUGAGUUCAUAGGCGGCCGUCUGGGAAGCUGUCAUUCCAAUCACUUCUUGGGCCUCAAAAGCAGACAUCG